UUCGCCACCCAGAUACGUUGUUACUCGUGUCCGGUUAUGGUGUAUUAGGCUCACUUGCAUUUCUUGUAUUAUUAUUCAGAAACAUUUUAUCAAUCUGUGUUAUAUUUAAUUUUUUGAAAACGAAAAACAACCACCAAGAUCUGGACACUGACAUGAGUUUCAUAUAGUGUGCAAGUUUCUGUCUAAAUAGUGUCCAUAGGAUUUUUAUAAAAUUAUAGAGGACAAUGAGAUAUCUGGUUCUGUUACUCGUGUUACUGAAGCUGGUGGAUCGAACACAACAGCAGAUUAGGCCUUUUAUUGGUUCGUGUCAAGAUGCAUCAAUUCAGGGAACAAUUCAAGUGUCCAUUGAAGAAGCAGACCGCCAGAUUGACCUUGACCAGUAUCCGACUAGAUACCGAUCUGGUUUACGUCUGCGAGCGGACCCCAGCACCAUAGGACUGCAGUUUGAUAUGGUACAGCAGCAGGCGCGCCUCGACCCCAACCAGUACUUCCUUUUGGAGGAUGGUCCAAGAAGUGACAGGCUGCCGGGAAGAGAAUGGUUUCUGCAACUCAUACGACCACUUGAUAGAGAUGGUGAAACACCAUCUCCAGGUGAUGACAUUAAUCGGGAUGAGUAUGCAAUGCAGUGCACAGAUUUGUUGACAAGAACAACUUUCUUUAUAGAACUGUUGGUUUUGAUUGCUGAUGUUAAUGACAAUGCUCCACAGUUUUUGAUGGCCCCAUACUCUGUGUCGGUCAAUGAGUUGACACCUGUUGGCACCACAUUGUUUCGAGGCAUUAAGGCUACUGAUAAAGACUAUGGUGACAAUAAAAAUAUUGUCUUCAGCAUUUUGUCAGGAGAUGGGACAUUGAGUGAUGGCAGCAAUAAGUUUUUAAUUGGAGGUCCAAUGUCUGGUUUGAUCACUAUCAACCAGGUGCUUGACUUUGAAAGUCUGAGUGCAUCUGGAAACACAAACUACAUCCUCACCAUCCAGGCUUCUGAUUCUGCUCCUAAUCCCAAAGACAGAAAGACAACCCAGACAACUUUAACCAUAACCAUUACAGAUGGUGAUGACCUGCCACCAGUUUUCUAUUACCCAUCAUGUCGAAAAAACAGAGGCGCCUGUUUCAAUCCUGAGUAUGAAGCAAACAUCAUGUCAGGGGGUAGUCUUGGGCCACUGAAGACCAUCCCAAUUCCAUCGUCCGUUCUAAAUAUGGUGAAACCGAUCCAGGCCAUGGACCAAGACCUGUCUCUGAAUUACCCAAUUGUGUUCUCGUUAGUGCACACUACCCCGACCGGAUACGAGGCCUAUUUCGCUCUGAAGACCAUCCCUCCACCAUCAGGAAACCUGUACACAGCUGAGCUGUCACUGACUAGACCAGUUAGCAGGAGUGACGUUUCUAAAUUGCGAGUUGCUCUUAAGGCUCAAGAAGUGUCCGGCAGUGAGCGAUUUAACCGCGCUAUUAUUUAUAUAAAUGUGAUCGCAGCUAAUGACCAUGACCCAGUUGUGACUUCCUCAACAGGGGAGCUUACUGGGUACAUAAAGGAAGAUGCAGUUAGAGACUUCUAUGUAAAAGAUCGUAACUACAAAGAUGCUUUGAGACUGUUGGUCUCCGAUCUUGAUAUCUCACCUGGAGAACCCCCACAGCAGUACACAUUUUCAGCUGUUUCUCCAAGUACAUUCGUUGUUGAUGUUGAUGGAUUUGUGCGACUCUCAGCAGCUAGUUUGGAUUUUGAAACUUCAAGGAUGUAUAUUUUUCAGUGUAUAGUGAGAGAAGCGAGUACCCCAGAGAAGAGAUCAACGACGACAACUCUGACUGUCAGCGUGCUUGAUAUCAAUGACAACGUUCCCAUCUUCCAGUCCACCCAGUAUGAUGUACAGAGACCGGCAGGAACGUACAGUGUCCCUGAUGCUCUUGUUAGAGUUGUUGCAACAGACAAAGAUUGGGGAAAGCUUGGCAAGAUAACAUACAGCAUAGGAAGUGUCACGAACAAUCAGAUGUCGAAGUUUUCCAUCGACAAGAAAGGUCAAGUGUUUCUAGUGGGCCAGGUGGCGGAGGGUGAAUCCUACGUGAUAGUUGUUGAUGCAGCGGAUGGUGGAGUACCUGCACGAAGAGCCACAGCUAUAGUAUCUCUGGAAAUAUCCUCAUCUGGAAACAAGGCUCCUGUCAUUCUGGCUGAACAGUACACAAUCUAUGUCAGCGAGGGAAUCAAAGAGAACCAAGUGGUUUUUAAAACACCUGCUACUGAUGUUGAGAAUGAUCCCUUGUCGUUUUCCAUUGUAAACUCCAAGAAUAGCUGGGACAACACAUUUAUCGUUGGAAGAGAUGAAGCCACAGCUAUAGUAUCUCUGGAAAUAUCCUCAUCUGGAAACAAGGCUCCUGUCAUUCUGGCUGAACAGUACACAAUCUAUGUCAGCGAGGGAAUCAAAGAGAACCAAGUGGUUUUUAAAACACCUGCUACUGAUGUUGAGAAUGAUCCCUUGUCGUUUUCCAUUGUAAACUCCAAGAAUAGCUGGGACAACACAUUUAUCGUUGGAAGAGAUGAUGGCAAGGUUUUAAAUCGGGUUAAGCUUGACAGGGAAACUAUAGCUGAGUACUUUCUGAAUAUCACAGUUGCUGAUUCGUCUUUCCUAAUUGAUUCAACUGUUCUGCAUAUUGUGGUGACUGACAUUAAUGACAACAGUCCUGUCUUCACUGGUCCUGGUCUUGUUGGCAAGAAGUACACAUUCAGUCUAAAGGAAGGUCUGACACCCCCAAGAGUUAUUGGAUCAGUGCAGGUAAUUUAA